AUGAUAGAAUGGUUCGAUAUAAUUGACCUGAUCGUCUCUUUUGAAUUGCCAUCAACCGGCUUGAAAGAUGAGUCACGGCUGGAAAAAAUUCCUAUAGCCGCUGCUUCCAUAAAAGCUCCUUCCUCUCGAGUGGAACCAACGGCCCCGGUAGAAGUGAAAGUCUGGAAACAACAUACGAACUUCUUGCGAAAAAGAAAGGGACGGAGGAUUGCUGUGAUAUUUGCGGGCAAUUUGGUGGAAGAUUCUGAUCAUGUCUUUCGAUUUUGUUCGAAAGCACUUAUGGUUUGGUGGAGGAUCGGCGGUAUCCGACUCAGGCAACUUUCGGGGCUGCCUUUGUUAGAUUGGGUGAAGAAAAACUGCCACAAGGAUACGCGAGGUGGUUGCAUACUCUUUGAGCUUAGGAGCAAGCUUAAACCUUCGCUUGGGCUAAUGGUCGCAUAA